AAAGAUCAAAAAGAUAAUUUUUAAAUUUGCAAAAGCAAAAAAUUCAGUAAAUUAAGAAACAGAAAUAUUUAAUUUUAGAAAGAAAUGUUUGUUGGAUCAAACGUUGAUUAAUUAAAAGUUAGGCCUGGACUCACUAACAUAAAUAUGGAAGUUAACCAGCCUUUAUCUGUUACUAAGACUUAAAUUAUAAGAUCAAACGAAAAUUAAUAGUUAAAUAAUGCAGAAAUAUUGGCUUAGCAAGAAAUGUAGAAAUCCAUGCUUAGAGAAUCCAAGAAGUAAGAGAAGUUAGAUAAAUUUUAAAAAACAAUAGUUGAAAGAGCCGCAAUUAUCGAGAAAGAAAAUAAACUUAAAAAGCAAGAAGAUGAUAGAUUGAAGGAAGAGAAAAAAUAAUUUUUGUUAUCUAGAAAUAAAAAAUCUUUUGGUUAAGAAGAAGGCUCUAUAUUUUCAGUUCCUGAACAAAGAGAGCAAACUUUUGCUAAGAAAAAGGAAGCAUAAACCACAAAACCCAAAGCUGAAGAAGAUAAGAAAAAAAAAGAGCCAAAUAUGAAGCUUUCAGUAGUUUUUAAGGCAAAUGAAGAAGUAUAGCCUUCUGAUCCUAGAAACAAAAGCUAAUCUCCUAAAUCAGCUAAGAAAUCAGAAGUUAAAACUUCUAGUGGAUAUAAUCCUUAAAAGAAAAAUAAAAAAUAAAAUACUCAUGCUUAAAUGAUAAUUCCAGUAGUGAGAGAAGACUAAGAAAGCGAAAGUGAAGAUGAAAUAGAUUACGAUAUAUGCAAUUUUACUGAUGCUGAGGAGGCUGUCACUAAAUACUAAAACAUUAGACAACAUUUAUAUUCAUUGACUUGCAAUAAAAAAUAUUGA